CGUUUAAGUUGGCCCACACAAGCAAAAGUCGUUGGUCUGUCUUGCUUCUGCUCUCUUCCUUUUUUCUCUCUCAACAGGAAAACAUUAUUGGUUACCAUUUUCUUUCCCUUUCAGUUUCCAUCAAAGCCAAACCCAGUCUUAAUUUGUCAGCUCACAUAUAACUUAGUAUUAGCUUUUAAUUCCUUUUCUUUCGGUCAGUAAACAGAGAGAAACAGAGGGAGAGAGAUGUCAAAUUUGCAAGCGAAUUUCAAUCAAAAGAUAGAUUAUGUAUUCAAAAUCGUACUGAUCGGAGACUCUGCUGUCGGGAAAUCCCAACUAUUGGCUAGAUUCGCUAGAAACGAAUUCAAUUUAGAUUCAAAAGCAACCAUCGGAGUUGAGUUCCAAACUAAAACUAUUGUUGUUGAUCACAAAACUGUCAAGGCUCAGAUUUGGGACACUGCUGGUCAAGAACGGUAUCGGGCAGUGACAAGUGCAUACUACAGAGGUGCAGUGGGGGCAAUGCUGGUUUAUGAUAUAACCAAGCGUCAGUCAUUUGAUCAUGUAGCCAAAUGGUUAGAAGAAUUGCGGGAGCAUGCUGAUAAUAAUAUCGUCAUCAUGCUUGUGGGUAAUAAGUCCGACCUGGAGUCCCUUAGAGCAGUACCAAUUGAAGACGCCAAAGAAUUUGCCCAAAAGGAAAACCUCUUCUUUAUGGAGACAUCAGCCCUUGAGGCCACUAAUGUAGAAUCAGCUUUCAUUUCAGUCCUUACAGAGAUUUAUCGAGUUGUCAGCAAGAAGUCUCUAGUUGCCAAUGAUGAAUAUGGAGGGAAUAAUUCACUUCUCAAGGGAAACAAGAUUGUUAUCCCUGGACAGGAGCCAGAAAUGCAAGCGACGAACUCAAGUUGUUGCAGUAGAUCAUAGGAUAAAUUUCCUUUCACUCUACUGCCUCCCGGGUUUUGCUAUUGAUAGUUUCAGCAGAUCAUUGUGUAGCCCUGUUUUGUGGUUUUGUACAUCAGGUAAAUGAUUUUCACCCUUCCUUAAGAACUUACUGGCUCAUUGGCAUUUAAAGCUUCGGGCCGCUCAAACCUCAAGUGCUUGUGAAAUAAGAUGAAUAUACAUGGUUGUAACCCAAAGUUGGCUCAUUUUGUUGUCAUUAGUUGUUAGCUGUGAUUGGCAGCUGAAACAGGAAUAUUGAUCACAAUUAUAGCCUGAACAAGAAAUAUGCCACAUACAAAUUCAGAAUGACCCUUUUCCUAUGGGCAGCAUAUAGAUAAUGUUCAUUUACUUUUGAAGGAUUUUUGAUUUUAAAGAGUUUUCUUACUAAUUA